AUGACCAAGCAGGCCAUCGCUCUUAUCCAGGCCGUGAACAAGGCCGACAAGACAAAACUCGUGCAAGCUUUGAAGCCAGUAUCGGAUAUUAGGGCGCGCAAGAACCGAAGGCGUCGCGCCCCCAUUACUGGAGCCCGCAAGAAGGAUGUCCUGGACGUUAUAGAGCUCCUCCGACAGACCAAGGUCGAGGCCAGCCUUUUCACAAUUCUGGACAUCUCCCCUCCGAUGAGAGAAGAGAUCCGGGUCCUUGAUCAAGCCGGCUCCCAAGACGGAACUGUGGGUAGUGCUUGUCAAGUACCUCGUGCCACGGGAUUCCCGCGCUUGUUUAUGCUAUGCCUCUGCCGCAACUAG